UUGACUUGGAAGGAUUUAACAAUUAGUUGUCCCAAUGGCAACCUUAUUGAUAUCACUAGCGACGAACACAUCUACAUGUAUAAAGGUUAUUUACCUACUUCAUGCGAACAAGAAAUUAUGUACUGGAGACCCGAGGUAAGAAAUUGCAAUGGACAAUCAACAUGUACCAUAACAUCAUCACCAACAGGAGAGUGUUCAAAAUGGUGGGGCACCAACAGAAGGAAUUAUGAGGAAAUAUGCUACAAUUGUAAGAUGUUUGACAGGAAGUGCGCAAAUGAGAAUCUAACUUUAACAUGUCCAUAUCAAUACUUGAUAAAGGUAAUAGAGGUUGAGGUUGGUACAACAGGGAGCAAUGGGGACUGUCACAAUUCUAAACCAUUGUGUAAAGAUGGCAGUAAUGACCCAGGUUCACUUGAUUAUGGAUAUGCUAAUACAAGCCCAAAGGACAUAAAUGGCAGAUUUACUGAUGUCCAAAAUGUAUGUAACAACAAACAAAUAUGUACUCUUGAGGUAUACCUUUUUCCUGGUGCUAUUUGUAAAGAAAUUGCUCCAUAUAACUAUGAGAAAGUCACGUAUGAAUGUGAAUACAAUCCAUAUACAACAGAAACACUUCCAACAACAAAUAACCCAGAUUUAACAACAGAAUCUCCAACUGAAGUAAUCACCAAACUAGGAGUGACUACAACAGCUGGAAUUACAACAAAAUAUGCAACAAUUCAGGAUAUUACAACAAAACCACUGAAAACUCAGAAAAUCACAACACAACCAUGGGUAACCACCAAAUUAACAACCCAAACAGUUUCAACAAGGUCAGAGACAAUUGCUCAAGAUGUAACAACAUGGCAACCAACAACUCAAUAUGAUGCCACAACUCAAAUGUCAACUAAAGAUGUUACAAAUCAUGAAAACAUGACACAGGUAACUCAAGAAAUAUCACCUGAGGUUGUAACAGCACAUGAACUGACUACACAAGAUAGCCCAAUUUCAGCUGAAGCUUCAAUAUUUGCCACAAAUGAAGUAACAAAUGCAGUACAUCCAACAAUAGCAUCAUCAGCGAAUGGAACAUCUGUUAACUUCAACAUGGCUCAAAAGACUUCAGUAGCAACAAUUGUUGUGCCAACUGUAAUAGGAAUAGCGGCACUGACCCUCAUGUUAAUUGUAUUGAUGUUGUUGAUGAGAAAAAGGAGGCGGGAUACAAAAUACAAUAAAAGAGACAAUGGAGAAACCAAUUCCACAUACAAUAAUGUGGCUUUCAACAAUGAAGGAGAUGGCAAAAUAGACAUUGGUAUUGAAGAACACAACACAGAGGUAAAUGGCACAGAACAUGACACAGACACAAAUGUUGGACAAUUAAUAGACAAUGAUAUCUAUGAUACUGGAACUUCAAAAUCAGUAAAGAAAAGUGAUCCACGGUUCAUUAUCAAGCGAGAGGACAAAAAUGGAGACCCAUAUACAAUUAUUGAGAAGCCAUCUAAAAGAAGUAAGAAAUUAGUAAUUGAAAAGCCAGAAAAUGGAACCCACACCAUCGUACAAGCUGGUAACAAACCAGGAGUUGCCAAUGAUACAUUGCCGACUGAGGCAUAUGAACUGACAACAUACAACACAAGAUCACCUGGGAGGAAUUUCAGGACAGUUCACACAAAUGAUUCAUUAAAUGAAUAUGAAUAUGAUACACCUAUUGAUGUUGACUCAAAAUAUAUAGUUGAGGAUAACAAAGGUGUGAUAGAGAAUUUUAAAUCAAAUGAUUCAAACACUCAUAUAGGGCUUUGUCACAAGCCAAGAAUUCUGGAAGAAAAAAUUGAACAUAAAGGCUUAGACCAAUUGGGACUCACAAAUACUAAUGUUGACUAUGAUCAAGCAGUUAGUGCUCAACCUGAGUAUGUCUAUCAAGAAGUGAAGGAACAAGCACAUGACUCACCAAAUGUUGGCUAUGAUCAAGCAGUUAGUGCUCAACCUGAGUAUGUCUAUCAAGAAGUGAAGGAACAAGCACAUGACUCACCAAAUGUUGAUUAUGAUCAAGCAGUUACUGUUCAACCUGAGUACGUCUAUCAAGAAGUGAAGAAACGAGCACAUGACUCACCAAAUGUUGAUUAUGAUCAAGCAGUUUGUGCUCAACCUGAGAACGUCUAUCAAGAAGUGAAGGAACAAGCACAUGACUUGCCAAAUGUUGAUUAUGAUUCAGCAGUUGCUGAGCAAUCUGGAAAUGUUUCCAAAGCAAUGGCGAUUUGUCUAAAUGAUAACUCAAGCGACGAUGACAAAAUAAAGAUAAAUGCAUAUACAGAACCAGUUUAUAAUUCACUUUCUAUUGGAAAUAAAAACAAAAUUAAACAUGCCAUUUCUCCGAGAGAGAAACAUCCAACAGAUAAUUACUCUGUUUUAAGCAACACAAAUAAUUUCAAAGAGCAACAAAAUAUGCCACGAUCACAUGAUAAAGAACAAUGUCAGCAACUAAAUGAUUCAUACAUGGCAACUAAUGCCAUUGAAAUGCUUGAUAAUGAACUUUAUACAGGAGGUAAAUUCUAA